GCCAGUUUCAGCACGCUGACUUCAGCCUGAUCACAGUGAAGGAUGAUCUGCAGGGAGCUCACCCACCCAACAAACAGGUGAUAGCACGGGGGAUCCUGAGGUGGAGCUCGCAGCAGAUGGCUGUAACCCUGCAGGAGAAGACGCUGAAAGACUCUGUGCAGAAACGGCACCAGGCCAAAUGUUGGCUGGUGCCCAAGGCAGAGGUUCAGACACUUCUGGGUCACUCGUAUGAAAGCUACGUGGUGAACCAGGUGUAACGUGAGCUGAACCUGCUCAGCUUCAUUGUGUUUAUGAAAGGAUGAAGGACACAAAGCCACAGACCUGUCCCACAUUCUGUUAGAAACAAGGAAGUGUUUGAGUUGGGGCGUGGCAGGUCACAGGCUGCAGGAAAACAACAAGUUGGACAGAAAUGAAGAUUAACAAUGUGAAGGACUGAACUUUCUGUUUGUCUAACAUCAGCUCAAACAGAACAUCAUGAUGCAACGUUCUGCUGACAUGGCAACUACAAACUGAUGGUUUAGUGUUGGAGCUGAGACAUGUUAUUCAAUAAACUGAUAUUUUUCUUUAAAGCCAUGUUCCUCCUCAGAAUCAUACAGUUAUUAUCAUUUUAUCAGUUGUUCAAAUGUCUAUAAAACAAUGUAUUCAUGUGACGAUCCACUUAGUUUUCUUCCAAACAAACACAGAAGUCAGUUUUCCAGGUUUGUCAUGUGCUUCUUUAUUUUUCUAUCAUUUCAUUCAGUUUAAUUCAUUUUAUUUGUUACACAAGACGUUAGGCAUCGUUCACAUACUAGUGAUCAAACAAAGACAGUUCAGUUUUCUACUACUCAGCCUGGACUGGUUCUUUCAUCACUUUCAGGGAUGUAGUGGUUUAUAAAGGCCAUCCUGGAUGAGAAGUCAAACAGUACAGCACACAGCAGGCUUUAGUUCUCAGUAAAUCAAAGAGGAGAGGAUGAACCAGAUGUGUUAUCUGUGGUGUGAGUCGAGGGUGAACAAUGUUCCAGUUUUCAUCAGAUACAGUCAGAUGUUUCACACAAAGUUCAACAACUGCUGCUGUUCUCCUUCCAUCACCGCCUCUGUCUGCAGAAGCAACUUUAAACCCUGGAUCAGCACUAAAUAACAUGACACAGCAAAAAGACUAAAGAAAAACAAAUCAUUUUGAUGUGCAUCCAUUUUAAAACCAGUUUCUUCUUUUGAAAAUAAAGGCUUAGAACCAACAUCAGCAUUUCACUGUGAAAUCAGUAAGAGAGGGUAAAGAAAAGACACACCUGAACAUGCCUGAAGUUUGUUUCCAGUUGGUGGGAGGAGUCCUGUCUGCAGCUACACUCAGGUGGACAAUAAGAGCCCAGAUCUGUUCGAGUUAACCCUAACCUGCUCUCAGCAGCUGCUCCUAACAUCGGACCCCAAACUAAGGCUACGACCAGAGAAGACCCCCGGUUCAUUGUAAAAGGGCAGCACUCGUAGCUUGGCUUGUCCAGUCUGUCCUUCCUGCGGCAAACAGGAAGUGGGUCUGUGUGGUAACAACACACGUCAACAACAAACACAAGGUUCAAACAACCAGGAAGUAAUGAGGUGCUUUCACUAUGAGCCAAAACUUCAGUCUUCUUGCUUUAUUAUCAAAAUGUCCACACUGCGCCCCGACAUGCAGCCCUGCCACCGUGCCACACUUUCAACCAUCUCUCCUUGUUUUCUCUUCUUUCAUCCUCCAGUUCCACAGCUCCACAGCCCCCCGGUCCAACACUGCCCACAGUUUAAACCCACUGGCCUGUAAACUUCAUAACUUCAGCCAGUGAAACCUGCACCACUACACAAA